AUGCUUGUCGACGUCGAAAUCAGCAUCAAGGACGAUUCGUAUCCGUGGUUCCUGCAUUGGAUGACCCUCUACCAACAAUCACAACUCAACACGGCUCGGUCUGCCGCCAGCAGGUCUGGCUUCGUGGAAUCCAUGCUCCAGAAAUUGACCCCCGGAAUGCGCCACCUCUCCAUUCAAACGCAGAAAGUCGAGCACGCCAACGGGUCGAUGCAUACCCAAUUCGCGCUGGUUCCGGGUCCCGGGAAACAUAUCCUCCGCUACAAGAAUGCGUUCAUCUUCGUCAACCGCAUGCGCGAGAACAAGUCGCAGGAUUUGCAGACGGGUCGGCCGUGGGAGACGAUUACCCUGACCACGCUCUACUCGCACCGUCAUAUCUUCGAGGAGCUGUUUUUAGAGGCACACGCGUAUGCCGCGCGAUCGCACGAGGGGAAAACAUCGAUAUAUAACAGUUGGGGCACUGAGUGGCGGCUUUUUGGUCAGCCGCGGCGGAAACGGCCCUUGGAGUCGGUGGUUCUGGACGAGGGGGUCAAGGAGCGGAUUGUGGAGGACGUGAAAGACUUUGCCGACAGCGGGAAAUGGUAUUAUGAUCGCGGAAUUCCAUACCGACGCGGAUACCUGCUCUACGGCCCGCCAGGAACCGGGAAAAGUUCGUUCAUUCAGGCUCUGGCUGGUGAGCUGAACUACGACAUUGCCAUCUUGAAUCUGAGCGAGCGAGGUCUGACGGACGACCGAUUGAACCAUCUGCUGACCAUCGUGCCCAACCGCACCCUGGUCCUGCUUGAAGAUGUCGACGCUGCGUUCUCGAACCGACGAGAGCAAACCGACGCGGACGGAUAUCGCGGCGCCAACGUGACCUUCUCUGGUCUGCUCAAUGCCUUGGACGGCGUUGCCAGCGCCGAGGAGCGAAUCAUCUUCCUCACCACCAAUCACGUUGAACGACUCGACCCGGCUCUGGUUCGCCCCGGACGGGUCGACAUGACCGUGCGUCUUGGAGAGGUGACUCGCUACCAGGUAGGUUGUCUCUGGGAUCGCUUCUACAGCGAAUUGGACACCACGGGGGCAUACCGACAGGCCUUCCUCGAUCGGUUGCACGAUUUGGGACUUAUCGAAAACGAGCAAGGCGAGAAAGCCGACCGAACCAAGAGCACCAGCGCGGCCGCUCUGCAGGGACUAUUUUUGUACAAUAAGGGCAAUAUGGAGGGCGCGAUCGCAAUGGCCGAGGGGCUUACGGUUAGCCUACAUGACGAGGCGAUGGAAUAG